AAAAGCCGCCGGCUGGCGCGCGUGGGGGGCGGGGGACCAGGGGGAGCUCGCACGCGCCGGCCCUGGGUGACAGCCGCACGCCUCGGCCAGGACCUGAGUGAUGCAAUGUGUCCCCACCGAGGUACCCCACAGCACCGGGCCUUCAGCAUGGACUGAGAAACUGGACCUGGACCAGAAGGCUGGCAGCGAUGGGCUCCUGGCUGGAUCCUAGACAGCUGGUAUCAGCGAGGAGGAGAAGCCUUGGUGUUUGGAGCAAGGCUGGGAGGAAGCAGGGCUGGAGUGUGUGAACAGCCCUCAGACCCUCCCUGCCAGGCCCACCAUGGUCCAAAGACUGUGGGUGAGCCGCCUGUUGCGGCAUCGCAAAGCUCAGCUCUUGCUGGUCAACCUGCUGACCUUCGGGCUGGAGGUGUGCCUGGCUGCGGGCAUCACCUAUGUGCCACCCUUACUGCUGGAAGUGGGGGUAGAGGAGAAGUUCAUGACCAUGGUGCUGGGAAUUGGUCCGGUACUGGGCCUGGUCUCAGUCCCUCUUCUAGGCUCAGCUAGUGACCAUUGGCGUGGACGCUAUGGCCGCCGGAGGCCCUUCAUCUGGGUGCUGUCCCUGGGCGUGCUCCUGAGCCUGUUUCUCAUCCCAAGGGCUGGUUGGUUGGCAGGCCUGCUGUCCCGGAAUGCUAGGCCCCUGGAAUUGGCGCUGCUGAUCCUGGGCGUGGGGCUGCUGGAUUUCUGUGGCCAGGUGUGCUUCACCCCACUAGAGGCGCUGCUCUCCGACCUCUUCCGGGACCCAGACCACUGUCGCCAGGCCUUCUCUGUCUACGCCUUUAUGAUCAGCCUUGGGGGUUGCCUGGGCUACCUUCUGCCUGCCAUUGACUGGGAUGCCAGUGCUCUGGCCCCCUACCUGGGCACCCAGGAGGAGUGUCUCUUUGGCCUGCUCACACUCAUUUUCCUCACUUGUGCGGUGGCCACACUGUUUGUGGCUGAGGAGGCAGCACUGGGCCCCACUGAACCAGUCGAGGGGCUGUCAGCCCCCACCAUGCCCCCCCGCUGCUGCCCGUGCCGUGCCCGACUGGCCUUCCGAAACCUAGGCACCCUCUUUCCCUGGCUGCACCAACUCUGCUGCCGUGUACCUCGCACCCUGCGCAGGCUCUUCGUGGCUGAGCUGUGCAGCUGGAUGGCCUUGAUGACCUUCACGCUGUUUUAUACAGACUUUGUGGGCGAGGGGCUAUACCAGGGGGUACCUAGGGCUGAGCCAGGCACCGAGGCCCGGAGGCACUAUGAUGAAGGGGUCCGGAUGGGCAGCCUGGGACUUUUCCUGCAGUGUGCCAUCUCCUUGGUCUUUUCCCUUGUCAUGGACCGACUGGUACAGCGAUUCGGCACCCGGGCAGUAUACCUGGCCAGCGUGGCGGCUUUCCCUGUGGCUGCUGGUGCCACCUGCCUUUCCCGCAGUGUGGCAGUGGUGACUGCCUCAGCUGCCCUCACCGGCUUUACCUUCUCCGCCCUGCAGAUCUUGCCCUACACGCUGGCCUCCCUCUAUCACCGAGAGAAGCAGGUGUUCCUGCCCAAAUACCGAGGGGAUGCUGGAGGUGCUAGCACUGAGGACAGCCUGACGACCAGCUUCCUGCCGGGCCCCAAGCCUGGAACUCCCUUCCCCAAUGGACAUGUGGGUGCAGGAGGCAGUGGUCUGCUCCCAUCUGCACCCACACUCUGUGGGGCCUCAGCUUGUGAUGUCUCCAUGCGUGUGAUGGUGGGCGAAUCAUCUGAGACCAGGGUCGUCCCGGGCCGGGGCAUCUGCCUGGACCUUGCCAUCUUAGACAGUGCCUUCCUGCUGUCCCAGGUGGCCCCGUCCCUAUUGAUGGGCUCCAUUGUCCAACUUAGCCAGUCUGUCACUGCCUAUAUGGUUUCAGCCACAGGCCUGGGUCUCAUUGCCAUUUACUUUGCCACACAGGUAGUAUUUGACAAGAAUGAUUUGACCAAAUACUCAGUGUAG